UGCAAAAACAACCAUAAAAAUGCAACAAAUAUUAAAGAAAAUUAAGUGAAAAAGUUAUCAAAAUAUAACAACAAAAACCAACAACAAUUGUUAAAGUUGAAAAAAAGAAAAUAAUUCUGUAAUGUGUGCCUUUAACUAACUGAAACCAAAAAAAAAUAUAAAAAUAUUAAACACAAAUUGUCUGGAACAGUGUUUUUUCGGCUUAAUUUUGUUCCUUUGACUUGUUUGUUGUCUCUUGCAAAAACAAAGUUACGAAAUCAUUGGAAUCAUUUUUAUUUCAAUUUACAGCUAAAAUAAAACUUUUACCUUUCCUCCCAUAAAAUAAUUUACAAUAAACACAGUCGUACAAAUAAUAUCAACAUUUUUCACAAGAAUAUAAAAAAAUAAUAAUAAAAUAAAAUUUCAUCAAAUCAUAAGCAAAAAAAAAAAAGUAACAAACAAUAGAAGAAGGACAACAGCCCAGCAGAAGCGGCAAUAACAACAAUAACAAAAGAAGAAGAAACAAAACAACAGGAAACAAGAAAAAUAAUAACGCGACAGGAGUACUUAGAAUUUUUUCUCGCUAUAUGUAACAAAAUACAAAAAUUUUAAGCAUGUUUAUGAAAUGAAAAAAAAAGACAACCUCAUCAUCAACAUCAUCAUCAUUCUCCAACUUCGCCUCCUCAUUAGCAAACAACUGCAGCAAGUAUUUUAGAAUAAAAGUGGACUUGCAGCAAUACCAUGAAUAGCAAUAAUUUACAACAAUGGUGGGAGAAUACAUAUCGUCAUCAUUUGACCAAACAACAGCAACAACAGGUCGUCAACUUUGAUUCGGGUCUUACGGUACAGGAGACCAGCAAUAGUAGAGAACUUUUAAAUUUGGCUGCUCUGCAACAAAGUCUGGAUGAGAGCAAUAUUUCCGAGGGUCUUAGUACGGGCACUGCUGAAGCCAGUGUUGGUGUUUUAGAUUAUGAUCAUUUUGGCAAUUUAACUUAUGUUAAUCCCUAUGAUGGUGAUCGUGAUGAACAUACAAUACCCUCGCUUACCCUACUCUUUAUGGCCAUUUCCUAUGGAUUGGUGGUAUUUGGUGGUGUUUUGGGAAAUGCUACUCUCUUGCUAACACUAUGCUCGGCUUCGUCGGUGAGAUUACGAAAUCCUUUGUUAUUGGCUGUUUGUAUUGCAGAUCUGCUGGUUACGGGUAUAUCGGCACCGGUUACUCUUCUGAACUUAGCCAUGAAUCGAAAAACGAAAACUUUACCUCUGGAACUUUGUAAAGUGAUUGAUUUUAUACAGGCUACACCAGUUGCCGCCAGUACAUUAUCAUUCUUUUUACUAUCGCUGGAUCGUUAUGCCACCGUAAAACAUCCGCGUUUAGCACAACUACGUCAACGCCGCUAUUUACAUGUUUCCUUGGCAGUAUUCUCAUGGUUGACAUCAGCCAUUGUCAGUGUUCCGUUUUUGUUUAUCUAUAAAAUUGUGGCAAGAACAGUUGUUAUGAAAAAUGCCACCAUUAAAACAUCUCCACCGACAUCUUCAUCAACGACAUCAUUAAUGGCAGCUACCACCACCGCCCUCACACCCUCCGCCGAUUUUCCCAACGUUAGCAUAAGUUGCCACUCGGAUCCGGGUGCCAAUCCUGUAUUUGUUGUAUUCAUUUUAAUACACACAUUUAUUGUUUUCAUUUUACCUGGUUUGGGUGUUCUACUCAAUCAUUAUGGGGUACGACGGAAAUUGUGUGCUCUCUCGUUGACAGCACGUGCCGCUCAUGGUGAACUACCACUUCCGAUGCCCAUUUUACGUCGUCAAACUCAUAUGGUGAUUGUAACGGGUAUUGCGAAUGCCCAUCAGGCAGGCUGUGGUGGUGCGACGGAUGACACCUCCAAUGGUGGCGAUAUACAAAUGCAGAACUUAAAUCCGAGAAGUGCUGCACAAAGUAAUCGUAAUGUUAUUUUAUCGAAAAAUCCCAUAUCACCAAGAGCAAUGCGUGAAAUACGCGAACAUUCCCAACGACAACGUAUGGCACGCGCAGCACAGCGUGGCCGAAGAGUGGCCACACCUGGCAUACCGCUACCACAAACCUCAACUUUACGAUCACGUAGACAUCUAGCUAAUAUGCUUAUAGGUUCAGCUAUAAUAUUCAUAGCAUGUUGGGCACCUCAUGUAUUCUGUGUGAUUUAUAAAAUAAUGGGUUACAAAGAAUAUUGCAAAAAGUCAUCAAGAUAUUUUAAUUUAUUAUUGGGUUACAUGUAUUCAGCUUUAAGUCCCAUCAUUUAUUGGGCCCUCAAUCAUAAUAGCCUGCGACAAUCUCCCUGUGCUCCCAUAAUACGUUUACGUUCAAUGCAAAAAUUCUUACGUACACGUUUUCGUUCGAAUCCCGUACCGCCAGCACCCUCAUCAACAAAUGAAGCCCAGCUGGGGGCUUUCAAUCCGAAAUUAAUAAAAUUAACACCAAAACAAUAUAGAGCUCAGGCUUCAUCGCAUUAUUUGUAUUGA